AUGUCAUCCCGCAAUUCAGCUUUCCUGCUUCCUCUCAUGGCCAUGGCUUGGCUUUGGCAUCUGUCCAACCCCUCAUCCGCUAUCACCAACAAUUUCCUUAAUGGGAUGUGCGAUGAAACACUAAACCCAGGCUUCUGCAAAACUACUCUCGGAAAACAGUCGAGAAUCAAAAAAGCAAACGUGCAGGAACUCGCUGUCAUUUCCAUACUCUUAGCAACCGCACAAGCAAGAUUGAACGAGCACCUUGUGAAGGAGCUUUUCAAUAAUGAAAAAGAUGAAGUGUCAAAGAGUCACCUUUCGGAUUGCCUCAGUGACUAUAAUGUAACUCUGGGCAAAUUAAAGAUUGCUUAUAGGUUAUCCGACAAGAUGGACUAUAAGGGGAUGCAGAAACAGGUGAACGAUGCACUGAAGAUGUCGAAGAAAUGUGAGUAUAGGUUCACGAAAGAGCCACCUCGUCCAUCUCCUCUGACAGAUUACAACAACAAAAUGGUCUGGCUCAAUGACAUUGCACGUGUUAUUUUGAAUUAUCUUAAUGAUUGA